AUGUGUUUGCAAGACCAACCCGAAACUAGUGACCAACCCAAAAAUAAUGACCAACCCAAAAAUAAUGACCAACCCGAAACUAGUGACCAACCCAAAACUAGUGACCAACCCGAAACUAGUGAUCAACCUGAAACUAGUAACCAACCUGAAUGUUUAUUACUAUACCAAAGUAUUUAUGAAGAAUCAUAUGAUGAUUUAUAUGAAGAUAGUUGUGGAUAUUAUGAGCCAGAAGAUAGUUGUGGAGAGGAUGAGCCAGAAGAUAGCAUAUUGAGAGAAAUUUAUAGUAGACAAACGUUUGUGUUAUUUGAAGUACUUGAACAAUGUUUAAAGCGAUAUGCUAUCCGAAUAGGCUUUGAAAUAAGAACUGUAAGAGUGGAAAAAGGCGAAAGUAAUUGGGCAAGGAAGACAUAUAAGUGCCAUCAUGUAAAUGCUUUAUAUCGUAAAUCUGAGAACCUAGUAUUUGUUAACAAAUUUGUUAAUGAACAUAACUAUCCAUUACAAAACCGGGAUUCUCUUCAAGAAUUCUCACCAGCAUUAUGUAGGAUACCAGACGAUAUAAUGAAUGAAAUCAAAUUUUAUGUACAAGAGUGUCAAUUAGGGGCUACUGUUUUAAAAAAGAUAUUAAGAAAAAAGUAUCCAGAUCAGGACAUUUACCGCCAAGAUCUUUAUAAUGCGAUACAUAAAUUUAAAGCUGGUUCUCAAGUUAAAAAUGACGCUGCAACACUUCUAGAACAUUUAAUUAAAUUACAUUCGGAGGAUCCUGAAUAUUAUUUCAAAGUUGAAUUUGAGUUCAGAGUUGAAUUAAGACUAAAAGAUAAAGCCAAAUAUUCACGAUGGCAAGAAUUUUGGAAUAUGAACCCUACUACUGGAAUCCCCCGGGUCUCUAAUACUAUUUUUAAUUUGAUGGAUAAAAUAUUAAAAAAAUAUCUUACACCAAAUUCGCUGGCGCUGCAACAGAAGCAAAUGAUAGAAAGCCUAUUGUAUAGAGUUCGGAUAAAUGAACUUAAGGAUAUUAGUAUAACAAUGCAGAAUUCAAAUCAGUAUAAUGAAGGGUUUCUUAAGGAUGAUUAUGAAGAACCUCAAAUUUUAAUUAACAUGGCUUUGGAGAAUUGUUCAGAGGGUGUUUUGAAAGGACUUUUGUUAAGAGAAGAAGUUCAAGAAAAAUCAAUUACACUAAUUCAAGUUGAAACUGAAUUUCAAACCAGCAUGUUUCAAACAUUAAAUAAUAUUCGUAGGCAAGAGAUAUUCGAUGAAUCUUUUAUAAAUUUAGAUUCAAAAAAAGAAAUAUAUGGCCGUGGUUUUGGGCUAUGCAAAAAGGCUUUAAAUUUGGCAAUCUUAAACAAUUCUAGCGAAGCUUUUGAAGAACUUUUACAACAAUUUAUUAAAAAGCAAAAUAAAAUGUCUACAGAAUCUUCCGAAGAUUCUAAUAACAUUAAUAAUAUCACAGAUCUGAUUCAGCACAAAGAGAAAGGCCGACCUACAAAUAAAAGAUACUUGUAG